UUUGCUUCAGUGGUGCGCAUUUUGAAGGAGGUGCUAGUGAGAUGAUGACCGACCACUGAUUUAGAUACAGAGCUGGAAUGCCUCGAGGAAGGAGUGAAAACGCAGUCAGCACCAAGGCUGGGACUCGCUGUGGUGCGGAUGAGAUUACAGAGAUUUAGUCUUUGUGCCAUGAAGCAGCAGCUACUGCAAAAAUGAGUCUCCAUGAUGGACAAAUGGCAAGUAAUAGUGAGGCAUAUUUGAGAGGCAUGAAGGUGCAGGAUCCCUCAACCCCAUCUAAGAAACCUCAAUCUCCCAAGCCUGAAAAUGCCAUCACCAUUGCUGUAUCAUCACGCGUCCUCUUUAACAUGGACCUGGAGCAGCAGGUCUUUGAACAGAAAGGCAUGGAGGAGUACCUGAAGUACCAGAUUCAACAUGAGACUGAACCAUUUGCUCCAGGACCUGCUUUCCCCUUUGUUAAGGCUCUGGAAGCUGUCAAUGUGCAACUGAGAAAACUUUAUCCAGACAGCGAAGAGCUCUUUGAUGUGGUGCUGAUGACUAACCAUCAUGCCAAUGUUGGGCUCAGACUCAUUAACUCAAUCAACCACCACAAGCUGUUCAUUGAGCGCUUCUGUAUGACUGGAGGUAAUAGUCCAAUUGGGUAUCUGAAAGCCUACCACACCAACCUGUAUCUGUCUGCCGAUUCAAGUAAAGUGAAAGAGGCCUUAGAGGAAGGGAUUGCAGCAGCCACCAUGUUCAAAUCGGAGAAGGUGACUGAGGUGUCAGAGACACAGCUGAGAGUGGCCUUCGAUGGAGAUGCAGUGCUGUUCUCGGAUGAGUCUGAGAGAAUCUUUAAAACGCAAGGCCUGGACAAAUUUUUUGAACAUGAAAAGGCCCAUGAAAACAAGCUACUUGAUCAUGGUCCACUGAAGGGAUUCUUUGAGGCUUUGGGGAAACUGCAAAAGAAAUUCUUUGCCAAAGGCCAGCGUAUGGACUGUCCCAUCCGCACCUACCUUGUGACUGCUCGCAGUGCAGCUAGUUCAGGUACACGUGCCCUGAAGACCUUGCGUUCUUGGGGCCUAGAGCCAGAUGAAGCCCUUUUCUUGGCUGGAGCACCUAAGGGCCCUAUGCUGGCAAAAAUCAAACCACACAUUUUCUUUGAUGAUCAAAUAUUCCAUAUAGAGGGGGCUGCAGAGCUGGGAACUAUAGCAGCUCAUGUUCCCUAUGGAGUCGCACAGAAAGUGUUAUUAAAAGAAAACAAAUGACAUGAGUUUUAAUAAUCUAAAUUAAAAUGAAAUUUAAUUAAAUAAACUGCAUUUCUCGCAGUGUUAAAACUGGCAUGAAAUAUGUAUUGUGUUGACAAAUUGUAUUUUUAGUGUUUGGUGCCUGCAUUGAAUGUUCAUCAGAGUGACAGAUGUGCUCUACUAAGAUUAUCUAGAAUUUGACCUAUAUUAUAUUUCAGAUCUGUUAGCAAACCGAAAUCUGUGAAAUCAGAUGAAGCUAAAGAUCAAGAUGAUCAAGCCAAACAUGUUAUGCUGGCUGAUUAAAUAGACUGAAUUUAAUACAGCAAGGGAUUGUAAUGGAUGUACUGUAUGUGCCUUUUAAGUACUGCAGAACUGAAAACACUCUGUGCCUCUUAUUUUACAAAUGAAAAUAUUUAACUAUUAAAGGAUAUUUAAAUAUUAAUUUAUAAAAAAAAAGAGAUUUAAAGUGUUGGUUGUUGAUAGAGUAUCAAAUUAUGGAACAGACAGAUCAUCUGAUUAUCCUAGUAGAUCAUCAUAAUGCUGGAAGUUCUCAGUUUUCUCAGUCAUAGAUAAAGUAUUGCCUGUGUGACAUGUAAAUUGUUCGACUUUUAUGUUUGUUACAUUAUUCCGUGAUACAAUUUGGUGCAUUUUCCUAAGUGUCUGAGUAUAUAUUUUGUAAAAACUGUCAGAGUAUGUAUGUUUUAUUAUUAAAUCUCAUAUAUGUCAAAUUUAGUUUCUAUGAUAAACAGUUGUUUAUCAUAGAAACUAUAAAUUAACUAUACAUUAACUAUAAAUUUCUAUAACAACUAGGUUAACCAAAAAAGGGCUUAUGUGGUGUUUAUGUUAAAGAAUAAUUAGUAGUUAAAAUCAUACAUUUUUAUGUUGUGAUUGGUUUA